UUGACAACAUUGGUCAGAGUGUGAGGAAAGCAACAUGGAGGUUGAAAACGUCGAAGAAGCUCCUGUACACAAACGAAACAUCUCGCAGAUAAAAAACAAGAAGAGGAGGCUCGAGGAAUACCUGAAGCUCAAGCGAGCCAAGCAGAAGCUCAAGCGCCAAGCGCAGAAAAAACGUCGAAAGGAAGCUGAAGCCCUUGGUGAAAAUGCACCUCCAAAGCAGACGCCGCGUACCAUCGAAAACACCAGGGAACCGGAUGACACCAUGGUACAGGCAGAUGAUGAAGAGGUCCAACUGGAUGAAGCGAUGGACGAAAUGGCCACCUACUUCCGGAAGGAAUAUGUCCCUAAGCUGCUCAUCACCACGAGUGACAACCCACACACACGAACCAUCAAGUUCUGCCGUGAACUCAAGCAGAGCAUACCCUACGCCGAUUUCCGGUGGCGCAACCGUUCGCGAAUCAAGAAGACAGUCGAGCACGCCAUUGAGCGCGGGUACUCAGACAUUGCCGUGAUCAAUGAAGACCGCAGGCACCCCAAUGGACUCCUCUUGACACACUUACCAGAUGGGCCAACUGCAUACUUCAGGAUAAGCAAUGUGAAGUUCUGCAAGGACAUCAAGGGUCGUGCUGCGUACAGUGCGCACCGUCCGGAAGUGAUCCUGAAUAACUUCAACACAAGGCUGGGCCAUUCUGUGGCACGCAUGUUGGCAUCACUGUUCCAUUAUGACCCCGAGUUCCAAGGGCGCCGGGUCGUCACCUUCCACAACCAGAGAGACUACAUCUUCUUCCGGCACCACAGGUACGAGUUCAGGAACGCUGAGAAAGUAAGCAUCCAGGAGAUUGGACCCCGGUUCACGUUGCGGCUCAAGAGCCUCCAGAAGGGGACCUUCGACUCCAAGUUUGGAGAGUACGAGUGGGUGCUCAAGAGACACGAAAUGGAGACUAGCCGGAGAAGAUUUUUCCUCUAAUGAAGACUGCCACAAAUGCAAAUGUUGUCAUCAAUGUUGUCUUCAGGACAGGGCCAAUUUCCAAGUCCCCUCUAAUGAUUGGUCCCUUACAGUCCACAUAAGUCAUAUCUGUGACCUGCUGAUUCACAAGAAGAACAUGACUUAUGAUGUCUUGGUGCCACUGAAGGAACCAUUGUGUUAUGAACAUUGUUCUCCCAGAGGUGCUGACUGAUGAUGCCACCUCCUGUAUUUCACACUGAGUGCAGAAUAGCAAAGUUGUUCUGAAGGGUCA